AUGAAAUCAUCUGUAGAUGUGUCAACAGAUUCCAGUCAGAUCAAUAACAAUCAAUCUCAUAAAUCACUUCCAACAAUCAAUAUUGUCAUAAAAACAUUUAUGCCCUUGGAAUUUAAUAGUGAUUAUCAUGAAAGAAAAACGUCUCUUGAUAGAAAAUUAUCUUCAAAUAAACGAAAAUCUUCGCCAUCAUUAUUAAACAGAACAACUAAAAGAAUAUUUACUUCACUCGAUGAUGACAAUUUCCAUAGAGAAUCUCGUAAACAUCGACUAUCUACAUUCAAAGAUUUAAAACAAUCAAGUCUUCCAAAGUCUACUGAAAUAAUUUAUCAUAAUAAUAAUAAUAAUAAUAAUCAAAAUAAACCUUCAAUUAUUCUUAAUUCUCGAACACUUCUGAAUACUUAUCGGAGUAAAAGAAGGUAG